AUGAUCUGCAAAUUCUGUGGAGCCUAUGAAGUUGCAAUGAGAGAGAAGACAUCGGGUCAAAACGAAAACGAUGUGCUCAAACUAGCUCAUCAAAUAUUUUUCAACAACCAUAAGAAGAAAUUUCUCCUUGAACAUGCGUGGAAGGAACUGAGGAACGACCAGAAGUGGUAUUCUAAGAAGCGUCCACCGGGUGUUAAAGCCUCAAAGGCGAGUGGUAAGAAGACGGUUGAUCAAGAGAAGCAAGUGAAGGAGUUUGAGAGGAUUUGGACAAUCAAGCAGAAGGAAAUGGAAGCUAAGGAACACUUGUCUAAGAUGAGCAUGCUUGAUAGUCUUAUUGGAAAAAAAGAACCUUUGCCUGAGUAUGAAGAAUCCCUUAAGAAAAAGCUAAUCAAUGACUUGUUCUGA